UAUGCUACAAAUUACUUGUAAAAGUUUCUUUCUCAUUUAUUGAAGGGAGUAUAAGUUAUGUUCACCAAUUUAUUCGAGAUAAAAAACCGGAAAAAAGGAAACUAAACCGAUCUGGAAACUUGUGUAGGCAAACAAACGUAUAAAAGCUAGUAUUAGGCAUUGGGAAUUUAGUUUUAGAAAAAAAUGCCGUUGGGUAAAUACAACUGCGAUUACUGCGACAAGGAAUUCCAGGAUACUGCAGCUGCUCGGAGGCGUCAUCUUCAAGGUGUUCAACAUCAAAGAGCCAAAGCUCUUUGGUACGACUCCUUGCGCAAUCCCCAGUUAUUCAACGAUCCGGACUCGUUCGGUAAAGGAGUAUGCAAUCACUUUGUUCGAACGGGGUAUUGCCAGUAUGGGGACUCCUGCAAAUAUUAUCAUCCCAAGCAAAACUCUCAAACUGUGAACCAAACAGGACUCCCUCCAGGGGAAAAUAGUAGAGAGGGUUUUCACUCAAGUAGUCAACCUUUUGGUUCGGCCUCUUUUCCAGGUGAUGUGUUCAGAGAAAAGGCCGGAGCAUCACUGGGCAAUCUGCCUCCCUCUCUAAGGCCUCCGCCUGAGGGUGGUUAUCCACCUCUCCCAUUUGUUGAGUGGGGAUAGGUUACAAAUUAGAUGAGUUUGAGCAGUAGGUUUGGAGCUUACAAAUUGUUAAAGUUAAUGAAUAGAUCAGGUGAGACGCUCUGCCUUAAUAUUGUAAAGAAGGUGAGUCGGUCCUACUAGGUUAAGACUGAUUUAUUUGUGCAUUGUGAUUAAGCCUAGGAUGUUUUCAUAUGUAUAUUUUUUAUUUAAUAAAAUUGGGUCGUUGGUAGCUUAGUUGGACGUGUAUAGUGUUGAUACAAUUACAUAGAAGUAUCUAUCAUUUCAAAGA